GAUACAUGUUUUUCAAACUAUUUUAUCUGAAAUAAGUGUCAAUUUACGUCGAAUUUCCACAUAUGUUAUCCUAGUAAAUUGGGUAAUUUUUCUAGAACAGUGGAAAAGGAUGUAGUUUAUAUGUAUGUAGUAUAAAGUUUGAUCGUAGGUCGAGAAUCCCCGCGGUUCUCUGGAGUAUCGGCAUUCUCUGGUUUACUCGAGAGUUGUGCUUCGUGCGAGUUGUUCGCGAACUCGAGGUGAGCCUUGAGUUGUGAAUGAUCGGGAUAAGUGGAAUGGAAAUAUAACUCGAUGCCAUGGAUUGUGUAUUUCGUAAACGAACGCGGAAACAAUAAAUUAAAUAAGAAUGUAAAUGUUAAAAGAAGAUAAAAAUGUGAUGCGCCCCGAAUGUUGGAUACAAAGUAUAUCAAGUCUGACGACGUGUUCUGUGCCCCGAGAUUGAACUAGUGACAUUAUGGAGGGCGUGCGGAGGUGGAGAUGGACCGUUAUCUUCUGUCUGCUGUACCAUUUGGCCCUAGCAGAAUAUCUACAGGAAUUCGAGAUCUCGGAAGGUCUGGGUACGGGCACUACCAUCGGAUACAUCGGGCAUAGUAAACAGGGUCUUCCCAAACCACCGCCGCCUCCUUACCUUAUCGUACCUGUUCCAGGAAGUGCAGUGGAUUCCGAUUUGCACAUAGAUCAGUCGACGGGAGAAAUUCGAACCAAUAUUGUUCUAGAUAGAGAGGUUAGGAGUUAUUAUUCCUUUGUGGCCAUUCCUCUCAGCGGCGAAAAUGUGCGCGUAGUGAUUAAAGUGCGUGACGAAAAUGACAAUGCGCCCGAAUUCCCAACGCCUUACAUGUCGAUCGAAUUUCCAGAAAACACUCCCAGAGAUAUGAAAAGAACUUUAAAUCCCGCGAGGGAUAGAGAUUUGGGAGUUUUUAACACCCAAAGAUACGAAAUUAUAUCUGGUAAUGUUAAUAAUGCUUUUCGUUUAUCUUCUCACAGAGAACGAGAUGAUGUACUCUAUCUGGAUUUACAGAUCAAUGGAUUUUUGGAUCGAGAAACUAUACCCUUUUACAGCAUCGUGAUCGAGGCCUACGAUGGUGGCAUGCCCCCUCUAAAAGGUUCUAUGACGGUAAACAUUACCAUUCAAGACGUGAAUGAUAAUCAGCCUAUAUUUAAUCAGAGCCGUUAUUUUGCAACUGUGGCCGAGAAUGCCACUGUAGGUACUAGCGUUCUCAGGGUAUUUGCUACCGAUACUGACUCUACAGAAAACGGACGAAUCACCUAUUCAAUAAAUCGUCGACAAAGCGAUCGGGAAAAUAAAUUUGCCAUAGAUCCAGUGCGAGGUGUCAUUUCUAUCAAUAAACCACUCGAUUUUGAAUCACGCGAUGUCCACGAAUUAGUGGUAGUAGCGCGUGAUAAUGGCGCACAACCAUUGGAAACCACCGCAUUUGUAUCCGUUAGAGUCACCGAUGUAAAUGAUAAUCAACCCACUAUUAAUUUGAUCUUUUUAAGCGAUGAUGCGUCUCCCAAGAUUUCCGAAGAUGCUCGUCCAGGAGAAUUUGUCGCUCGCAUCAGUGUUAAUGAUCCCGAUUCAAAAGAAGAAUAUGCAAAUGUCAACGUUACGUUGCAAGGUGGCGAUGGCCAUUUUGGGCUCACUACUCAAGACAAUAUCAUUUACUUAGUUAUAGUUUCUCACCCGUUAGAUAGAGAAGUUAAACCAAAUUACACUAUGGUGGUGACUGCCACCGAUCAAGGAAAUCCCCCUUUAAAUACUUCACGCACGUUUGAAUUAAGUGUGACAGAUACAAACGAUAAUGCACCCGAAUUCGAUCAAACCGUAUACUAUGCGAAUGUCUUAGAAGUGGCCGAUCCGGGCACUUCCGUUUUUCAACUUUCAGCUUUGGAUCGAGACGAAGGGAACAAUUCUGUGAUUACGUACUCCAUCAAAGAUACGCCGGAGACUCAUUCGCAAUGGUUUCAGAUCGAUAGCAGGACGGGUCUCAUCACUACUAGAACUCACAUAGACUGCGAAACCGAUCCCAUUCCUCAAAUUACGGUCGUAGCUAAAGAUGCGGGUCCCACGCCUCUCUCUUCUAGUGCCACUGUAGUAGUUACGAUUAGUGACGUCAACGACAACGAACCCAUUUUCGAUCAAACCUUUUAUAACGCCACCGUAUUGGAAAGUGAUAAAAUUGGGACGUGUUUUCUCAAGGUAUCUGCUACAGAUCCAGAUUGUGGAGUCAAUGCUAUGGUCAACUAUACUAUGGGUGGUGGGAAAAGAUCCGUUUUCUCUAGGGAUUUUACAGUGCAACCAGUCAGUGGAGAUCUUUGUAUAGCCAGAGCAUUAGAUCAUGAAAUCAGAAAUUCUUACGAAAUUCCUAUAAUUGCUACUGAUCGAGGUGGUUUAAGUACAAUAGCGAUGAUCAAGGUUCAAAUCAUGGAUGUAAAUGAUAAUAGACCAGUUUUCUAUCCCCAAGAGUAUAAUGUUAGCUUACAUGAAGGUAACAGUGCAUUAUCAUCACCAGUUGUUGUUGUAGCAGCAACUGAUGCAGACUCUGGAAUUUUUGGUCAAAUCACGUAUGAUAUUGUGGAUGGAAAUGAACAGAGAAUUUUCAGAAUAGAUAGAAAUACAGGUGAAAUAUUUGUGAUUAGAACAUUAAAUAGCAAUCCAAUACUUCAUCAUCUUACUGUUUCUGCUAAGGAUGGUGGAAAAUUAGCAUCUGAAAUCAUGGCUCAUGUAUAUGUCAGUGUUAUUAGUUCAAAUCAGCAACCACCAAUUUUUGAACAGUCACGUUACAGUUUUUCUGUACGAGAGGAUGCAGCGCCACAGAUGAUUGUUGGAACAGUUGUUGCAACAACAGCAGAUUCACGUGCUGGCAUGGUAAGAUAUGCAAUUUAUUCUGGAGAUCCUGAAAGUUAUUUUAGUAUUGAUCCAUUAAGAGGCAAUAUUAUAAGUAAAGAUAGAUUAGAUCAUGAGAAACAUCCAUUUCUGUUGUUGAACAUUCAAGCAACAAGUGGACAUCCUCCAACAUAUGGUCACACUCAGGUAAAUAUAACCAUUUGGGAUGUGAAUGAUAAUGCCCCACAUUUUGACAGUAUGUCAUUAAAGAUAAGUGUGCCUGAAAAUGCUGAACUUGACUCUCCAAUUUAUGUGGCUCAUGCUGAAGAUUUAGAUAGUAAUAAAAAUGGUGAAGUUCAUUAUCAGUUGGUGGAUAAUCCCGAUGGUGCUUUUAGUAUUGGUGAAACAUCUGGUACUAUAACAUUACAAAAUCCACUUGAUUAUGAAGUUCGUAAACAUUAUGUUCUGAUUUUAAGUGCUACAGAUUCUGGACUUCCACCUUUGUCAUCCAAUAUGACUUUAAUUGUGGAGGUUCAAGAUGUCAAUGAUAAUGUGCCAAUAUUUGCCAAAUCUCAAUAUAAAGUAAAUGUUUUAGAAUCACUACCUGCUAAUUCUCAGUUUUUGGAAGUUGUUGCUUCUGACAAAGAUACUGGAAAUAAUGCUCGUCUAACUUAUAAAUUAGCAAAUAUUAAAGAUACAGAAAAAUUUGGAAUAUUUCCUAAUAGUGGAUUUUUGUAUUUGAAAGAAGCACUGGAUAGAGAAACAGUUGAUCAUUAUUCACUUAUAAUUUUAGCUGUUGAUAAUGGAAAUCCUUCUUUAUCAGCAACUACUACAGUAUUAUUACAAGUUCUUGAUGCUAAUGAUAAUGAUCCACAAUUUGUAGAAAAGAAAUUUGUGUUUACUGUUGAAGAAAAUGGUGACAAAGGGCUUCAUGUUGGAACACUUUCUGCAAAGGAUAAGGAUCUUGGAAAUAAUGCUUCAUUAAGAUAUACUCUUUUGAAUACAAAUGGAAGUUUCCAAAUAAAUCCAAUUACAGGAGAAAUUUAUACUAAAACAAUGCUAGAUAGAGAAAUCAAAUCAAAAUAUGAAUUAACAGCAGAAGUUCGUGAUCAAGGAACUCCAUCUCGAUUUGAUCAGGCAGCAGUUGAAAUUCAAGUGUUAGAUGUUAAUGAUAAUGCACCUGUAUUUAUAGAACCUGUAGAAAAUAUUAUUGAAGUUCUUGAAGAACAGCCAGAAGGAACUGAAGUAGUUCAAGUUCUAGCUUCUGACUUGGAUGAAGGAAAAAAUGCAGCAAUAACAUUUGAAAUUAUUCCAGGAAAAGAUGAAACUGAUGGAUCUCAUAUUUUUAGCAUUCAUAAAACAACAGGAAAGAUCACUACAAAUAAAUUAUUGGAUCAUGAAAAACAACAGAUUUUUUCUCUUUCAAUUGUUGCCAAAGAUGGUGGUGUACCUUCUCAUCAAAGUCAAUUACAUUUACAGAUUCAAGUUUUGGAUUUGAAUGACAAUCAGCCUAUUUUCUCAACAUCAAGUCUUACAUUUCGCAUUCGUGAACAGGUUUCUGUUGGACAUGAAAUAGGUCGAGUACAUGCCAUUGAUGUAGAUGGUGGUGAAAAUGGGAGGGUGCUAUAUUCUAUUGUUGGAGGAAAUUUAUAUGGAGUUUUUAAUAUUGGAAGAACAACAGGAUUAUUAUAUACAGUAGGAGAAGUUGACUAUGAGCAGUCAUCAGAGUAUAUGUUACAAAUUAAAGCAAUAGAUAAUAGUGCUACAAAUCCCCAUAGUAGUGUCAUUAAUGUUAAAAUAGAAGUAGAAGAUAUUAAUGAUUGCAUUCCAACGUUCAAAAAUGAUCCAAUUUUAUUCUCUAUUCCUGAAAGUACUCCACAAGGUACUCCUGUAUGGAAUUUUAGUGCCAUUGAUAGAGAUAGUGGAAUCAAUGGACAAGUUCGAUAUGCAAUAUCUCAGCAAUCUCCUAAAGCAGUGUUUAAAAUUGAUAGUAAAAUAGGAAUGCUCACACUCACAGAAGACUUAGAUUAUGAAGAAUUUUCAGAAUAUACUAUUAUUAUAUCAGCUACUGAUCAAGCUAAAAAUGCAAAUAAACGGUUAGCAAGUAGUGCAACUUGUAAAAUAAUAAUUGAAGAUGAAAAUGAUAAUUCUCCAGUAUUUCAGUCAAGAAGUCGAAUAGAUAUAUUAGAAGAUGAACCAGUGGGAUUUCCUUUACUUCAUAUUAUAGCAGGAGAUAAAGAUUCAAGAGAUAAUGGAAGGGUAACAUAUGUUAUAACAAGGGGAAAUGAAAAUGGUCAUUUUUCUGUGGAAUAUGAAACAGGAUUGUUAACAGUUGCUAAACCUCUGGACAGAGAGGAAAUAAGUCAUUAUGUUUUAAAUAUUACUGCCAGUGAUCAUGGGAGACCACCUCGAUCUGCUUAUCAGCUAUUACAUAUUUAUAUAGAAGAUAUUAAUGACAAUCCACCUCAUUUUUUACAGCAGUUAUAUAAAGCAAAUAUAUCUGAAAAUUCUCCAGUAGGCACUUUUGUAAUUAAAGUAGAUGCCAUUGAUCAUGAUCUAGGUGAUAAUGGCAACCUAAGAUACAUGAUUCCUUUAGGAGUUGCAGACAAUAAAUUCACAAUUAAUUCUGAAACUGGUGAAAUUUACACUGCAGUUAGUCUUGAUCGAGAAGAAAGAGCGUCAUAUUUUAUUACAGUAUAUGUCCAUGAUGGUGCUUUUCCUACACAAUAUGAUAUUACAACAGCUAUUGUAGAUCUACUUGAUGUUAAUGAUCAUGCACCUGAAUUUGGUGAUUCAUGUUAUGCAUUACAUGUUCCAGAAAACAGUGACUUGAGUGUAAUUCAUACAUUAUUGGCUACAGAUCAUGAUGCAGGUUUGAAUGCUGAAGUAACAUAUACAAUAACAGAAGGAAAUAUUGGAAAUAAAUUUAAUAUUGAUCUUCGCACUGGACAGUUGUCAAGUCGGCCCCUUGAUCGAGAACAAGUAUCUCAUUAUAAUCUAGUAAUAACUGCUAGAGAUCAUGGAAAUCCUUCUUUAAGUAAAAUGUGUAACAUUUCAAUCAUAGUAUUAGAUCAGAAUGAUAAUGAUCCUCAGUUUGAACAUUCAGAAUAUAGUGCAACAGUUCCUGAAGAUAUUGCUUUAAAUAGCAGUGUUCUUGUUGUUCAAGCACAUGAUCAAGAUGAUGGUAUAAAUAGUAAAGUUACUUACUCUCUAAGUAAUGAAACACAAUCGUUAUUUUGGAUUGACAGUGAAACAGGCAUUAUCACUACUGCAGGACAUUUUGAUCGUGAAAAGAAAGCAACAUAUAUGUUUGAAGUCCGUGCCACUGACGGAGGAAAAUAUGAUGCACGAUCAGAGAGAGCAUUAGUUCAUAUUACAGUAAUGGAUGUCAAUGAUAACAGACCAAUAUUUUCAAAAUAUCCUUUUAUGGCUAAUGUAUCUGCUCAUGCAGCUUCUGGAACUCAAGUUCUACAAUUACAUGCUGAUGAUAAAGAUGAAGGUCACAAUGCAGAAGUUAUUUACAGUUUUGCUAGCCCUGUAUUAGAAGGAAGGUUCCAUUUGGAUUCUAAAACAGGAAUAGUAACUGUUGCAAGUAGUCUAUUGGCUGAUGCUGGACAUAUAUUUCACACUGAAAUAAUAGCUAGAGACAGAGGUCAGCCUCCAAAAACUGCUACAGGUGUAUUACAGAUUUAUGUUGGAGAAGGAAAUGUUAUAUCAACCUUAAAAUUUCAAAAUUCUACAUAUAUCAUACAGCUUCCUGAAAAUUCACCUGUGGGAACAGAAGUUAUUCAAGUAAAAUUAAAUCAUUCACCCAGCUCAAAUAUUAUUUUUAGUUUUAGUAGUGGAAAUGAAGAUAGUGCAUUAGAUAUAAAUUCAAGAACUGGUUUGAUAACAGUUCGUGAUUCUUACCAGUUGGAUCAUGAAAAAACAUCUCAAUUACAUAUGCUUGUUGUUGCUCAAACUGAAGACACUGUUCCAAUAUACGGUUAUGCAACACUUUUUAUUCGAUUGUUAGAUCAAAAUGAUAAUGCACCUUCAUUUUCCCAAGAAAGAUAUGUAUCUUCUGUAUGGGAAGGUAACAAUAAAGGAACUUUUGUAACUCAGGUUACAGCCACAGAUAAUGAUAUGGGAGGAGUUGGAAUUGUUAUAUAUCAUAUCAUUGAUGGAAAUCAUGAUAAUGCAUUUAUCAUCGAUCCUCCUUUUAGUGGAAUUGUUAAGACAAAUAUUGUUUUAGAUCGAGAAAUUAGGGAUGCUUAUCGUCUAACUAUAAUAGCAACUGAUGAUGGUUCACCACAGCUGACAGGAACUUGUACUCUUCGAAUUAGUAUAAUAGAUGUAAAUGACAAUCAACCUGUAUUUCCACCAAACAAUAUGGUCAGCAUUAGUGAAGGGUCAGAAGUUGGAACAGUAAUCACUACAAUUACUGCCAAUGAUGUUGAUACUAAUCCAGCAUUAAUUUAUAGCUUUUCUGAAGGUGGAAAUCCUAAUAAUAUGUUCAGCAUUGAUCGAUUCAGUGGUCGAAUUACAUUAGCACAACCAUUAGAUCAUGAAAAACAGAAUAAGUACCAUUUACAAAUUCAAGCAUCUGAUUCCGCCCAUAUUGCAGAAACAUAUUUAACAGUACAUGUUACUGAUGUAAAUGACAAUCCACCUGUUUUCAGUCAACAAUCUUAUGAGGUUGAACUUCCUAAAGUUGUUGAACAAGGACAUACUGUAAUUUCUGUCAAUGCAACAGAUUNACUUUACAAUUAAAUUUUAUUAGAUAAUUAAUAUAAUCACAAAAAUUUGUUUUAAAACUUUUUAAAACAUAUAUUUGCAUUUAUUAAUUAUAAAAUUAUUCAUUUAAACUUAGGCAAAAUUUACACAAAUAAAUCAUUGACAUUCAACUCAGAUCAACCAGUAAUUCAAUUAGUAGUAACAGCCCAAGACAGUGGACAACCUCCUUGGUUAGCAGUUGCUUCUGUUCAUAUCCAGGUUACUGAUAUUAACAAGAAUGCACCUAAGUUUUCCAAUCAUGUGUAUACGGCGCAUAUAUCAGAAGAUUCUUCAAAAGGAUCUACAGUAUUAAAGAUGUCAGCAUCAGAUCCAGAUGAAUCUUCAUUUGGUCAUAAUAUUGAUUUUGUCAUUAUCAGUGGAAAUACUGAUAACACAUUUUCUGUUGCUGGAAAUAGUGGUGAAAUUAUCUUGAUGAAAAAACUUGAUCGAGAAGAAAUUGCAUCAUAUACUUUAAAAGUAAUUGCAAUGGAUAGAGGUACACCUUCUCUUAAUUCAUCUGCAGAUGUUUAUAUUUAUGUUGAUGAUGUAAAUGAUAAUCCACCGCAGUUUAAUCAAAGUAAAUAUGAAGCAUCUGUGUCAGAACUUGCAGCUGUAGGAACGAGAGUUCUUAGAGUCACCGCUAACGAUAGAGAUGAAGGACAGUUUUCGCAAAUAGUUUAUGAUAUAACUUCUGGAAAUGAUGAUGAUAAGUUUUUUCUUAAUGCACAGUCUGGUGAUAUAAGUAUUAAAGAAUUACUGGAUUAUGAUUCCAUCCCAGAAUACAGAUUUAUUAUUCGAGCAACAGAUAAUGAUCCUCUAAGACCUCUAUCUGCAUUGACAAGUGUAGUUUUAAAAAUUUUAGAUGAAAAUGAUAAUUCACCACAUUUUCCUCUUACAAGUUACAAAGAAGUUGUGGAAGAAAAUGCCCCAGUCGGAUCAUCAGUAUUUGUUGCUCGUGCUAUUGAUGGGGACCGUGGAAUAUAUGGAAAAUUAAAUUAUUCAGUUAUGGAUGGUGAUGGAAGAGAUAAAUUUGUAAUUGAUCCUGUGACUGGUAUUGUUACAACAAUGAUUGUAUUUGAUUAUGAGUCAAAGAAUAAGUAUUUUUUUAAUCUCUUGGCAAUGGAUGCUGGAGGCAAAUAUGCUAGUGUACAAGUACAAGUUGAUAUUGAAAGUAAGGAUGAAUAUCCUCCAGAAUUUUCUCAAAGUUCAUAUCAUUUUACAGUUCCUGGUGAUGCUCCUGCAGGAUAUGUUGUUGGAAGUGUUCAUGCUAUUGACCGUGAUGAAGGUGUUGAUGGAAGAAUUAUUUAUCAGUUAAGAAAUAUUCAGACUAAUUUUGCAAUCAAUAGUACUACAGGAAUAAUAAUAGUGAAAAGUGCUUUCCAUUAUGAUAUGUUUAAACAACAUCAUAGGGAUGCAAAUAAUCAUGAAGUAUCAUUAGUAGUAUUAGCAAGCAGUGGCCAUCCAAGUUCUUUAAGUAGUCAUGUUGUCAUUGAAAUAAUAAUUGAUUUUUCAUUAAAUUCAACUAGACUUGGUGCACCUGAAGAACGUGUUGGAGCCAGUUUACCUGCUUGGGGUUUAGGAGUUGUUAUUGCUUUGGCAAUUCUAGCUAUUGUUUUAUUGACUAUGAUUGUUGUUUUACGAAUGCGCACUAAAAGAAAUGCUAAACCUGCAGUAGUACAAGGCUUUGUGAGUUCCUUUGAUUCUAUAGAUUUGCAUCAUCCUCCUUCAAGUUCAGCAAGUAUAUCACAAUUUCCACCACAUUAUAGUGAUAUAUCUCAGUAUGAUCCUACAGAAAGUGGACAACAUGUAAAUGGUGCAACAUCAGAAGUAUCUGACCAAUCACAUUCUGCUUCUAGUGGACGAGGUUCUGCUGAAGAUGGAGAAGAUGUGGAAGAUGAAGAAAUACGAAUGAUCAAUGAAGGUCCACUUAUGCAACAGCAGAAAUUGCAGAGAUUGGGAAUACAUCGUGAUGAUGACAAUAUGUCAGACAUAUCUGUUCAUAAUACUCAAGAAUAUUUAGCUAGAUUGGGGAUCAAUUCAAAUCAAUUAGAACAAAGAAACUGUCAAGAAUACAGUAAAAUGUCUAGUGCUCACAGUGUAGAAAGUAUGCAUAUGUUUGAUGAGGAGGGUGGGGGAGAAGGGGAUGGUAUGGAUAUUAGUAAUCUUAUAUACACCAAAUUAAAUGAAGUUGGUGCUGAAGAAAAUGAUGCCAUUAUGGAUGGAACUAGAGCAUUUGGAUUUGGUGAUGAAGGUGAACCAUCCAUGACUGGUUCAUUGAGCUCAAUAGUUCACAGUGAAGAAGAACUUACUGGAAGUUAUAACUGGGAUUAUCUCUUGGAUUGGGGUCCACAAUAUCAACCAUUAGCACAUGUGUUUGCAGAAAUUGCAAGGCUAAAGGAUGAUAAUAUACCUUUAUCCUAUUCUUCUAAUCCUCCCAAAACAUUACAUCCUCAGGUAAAAACUGUUCCACCACCAUUAAUUACUAACGUGGCACCAAGGUCUAUAGCACCUAUAGCAUUAAGUUCUGGACAUACUAGUCAGGUGACUUCUUUCCCCACACUACCUCGCUCUCCAAUUGGUCACGAAAGUACUUUUUCUUCUCCUGCCAUGUCUCCAAGUUUUUCACCUGCACUUUCCCCACUUGCAACAAGAUCCCCAUCUAUAUCGCCACUCGUGUCCCCAGGUGUAUGUAGACCAAGUGCUGUGCAGUUGGCCGGAUCAACUACUCCUCAUCACACAAGACCUCAGCGUUCCUCAACUCAUGCUACAGCAGCAUCAUCUGGGUCAGAAACUGAAUUACAAAUAUAAGCACAAAAUAUUAAAUGUGUGUGUCCUGCAACUGCUCUAUUUAUUGCAGUCAACUAUUGUAAAUUUGAAAAGUCAGGACAUGCAAUUUUAUAUACUUAUGUAUGUGAUGUGUAUAUGUGUGUACAUGUGCGUAUGUGUGUGUGCAUGUGUAUACAUAUGAAUUUAUUGUAAAUAAUAGAUGUUGUACAUUAAAUUUGUUUUAGGAAAGCUUUUCUUAAACAGAAGGCCAAAUUCCAAAGAUUGUUUAUAUUAUAAAAACUUGCUUACAAUAAUCAUAUCCAUUAAAAUUCUCGGCCAUAAAUUAAAGCAUAAAUAAAGAUGCCAAAAACAAUUUUAAAAACUGAUUUCCUUAAACAGCCAAGUUAUUUGUUUUUAAUGUUUCCAUUUACAAGGAUUUUAAUAUACAAUUCAUUGAAAUGAAGCAAUGUUUUCAUUUGUUUGAAGUGUGUUUUGUGAUGUAUAAUUCCAGCCAAAUAUUAUUGCAGUUUACAAAAUAUUUUAUUCUGAACAGUCUAUAUUUAAUAAUUGUUGUUUAUCAUAUGAAGUAUUGUUUUUUUAUAUAUAGUUUUAUUCCUCAUGGAAUUUUUAAUAUUGAAUCUACAGGAAAAAAAUGAAAAUGCAAUAAUCAUCUUAAUUCAAAUUGUCUCCAGUUUACAUUUUGUUAAAUACUAAAUUUUGUUAACAACCAUUUUUGUAUUAAAUUUAUUUUUAAAAAUUUUUUAUAUAUUUUAUAUAUUGUAAAUUUUUUUUAAUAUUAAUGAACUGUUCAGAUUGAUAAUACUUAUGCAUUAACCUGUUCAUUCUACAAACAGAUGUGCAUUAUAUUGAAUUGCAUAUUUUUACAAUUUUCAUGAUGGCCUAAUUGGGACCAAUUUACAAUUGUGUUGCCAAGUUUUUUUUAUAAAAUGUAUAUAAUAACUGUGAAUAAA